UAGUACAGUCUAGGGACGUUAUGGCGUUUACCUCAACGAUUAGCUGUACCAGAAUGUUUCUGCAUGGUACAAAAUUAAAAGCUAUGAUAUGUAAUAUCAAACAGUCAGACUGCUGGAGGUGCAGAUUAGGAGCCAAGAGAUCUCUUCUUUCAGAAGAUGUCAUUAAGCUGCAAGAUUUCCAAAAAAGAAAAAAUGAAAUGACUUUAAAACAUGGAGAUAAAGGAGAAUAUAUACAAAUGUUUCAACAAAAGCUACAAAGAAAUGACCUCAUCCUAAGAGACGAGUUGAAAGUGCUGCUUCACUUAUGUCAGACACCGGAGGACAUGAUCAUCGCUAAAGCUGCCAUCUGUCGGUUUCAUCACGACAACAGAAAUGCAUCUUACACAGAGUUCAAGUUUGGCCCCCUGUUUAUGAGGCUUUGCUAUGAACUUAACAUGGAGGAGAUGGCGGAAUGCACAAUAAAGGACAAGAGUCUGAAAGGAUUCUUCCCAGACUCAACAUCCUUCAACAUCAUGAUGGACAUGCUAUUUAUGAAAGGACACUAUGAGAGUGCACUGGAAGUCCUAGCAGACAUGAGGAAUCAGGGAGUGCUUUUCAACAAGGACACCUUCAUUUUGGCCUUUGCUAUCUGCUACAAGCUGAAUACUGCCAAGUCAUACAGAAUCUGUAUCAUGAUGCUUGAAGAGGCACAGAUGAAAGGUUUCCUUAUUCCUAGACAUGCCUACUACUUUGCAGUGGCUCUGGCACUCAAACAGGAGGACAUAGAAAAGGCCAAAUCUCUGUUUUCACAGAUCAUGACCACCAGUAACAGAAUAAGCCAGAAUCUGCAAGUGUAUAUAUUAGCCAUGGAUGGGGCUCUGAAUGACAUUCUCUCUGUUCUGACAUCAGCACUGGACUGCAGAAGUCCAACGUUCGUGAAGAAGCCCGAAUUUUCCGAGGAGGUGGUAGACUUGGUGCUGCAGCGCAGUAAGGACAGCCCGGCACUGCAGGGCCGCCUGGAGCGUGUCCAGGCACAGCUGCGGGAGUCUGGCCAGGUGACAGCGCUGAGCAUCGACGAGCUACUCUGCCUGACGCACAGCGGGAAGCACAGACCCUUCAGUGAGCUGCUGAUGCCAAGGAAGGUCGGCCGCCGGGGAGGCAGGCCGCUGCACUCAGCCCUGCUGUCCGAGUGACUCCCCCCCCGGGUCUCCUUAGCCCCCCGGGUCUCUGUCUACCUCCCCAGCCGCUUCCUUACUGCUGUCAGAGUGCAGACCUCUGGCAUGAGACCCAUUGAUGCGAACUCCAUCAACACCAUUAAAGUAGCUAGUCUAACAUCAGCGACAGUGUUUGCUCAUUUUUAACUCUCAAAGCAGGAGAUGAAGAUCCUGUCAUUAUUAUAUCUUAUUACUUGAUAAGAUAUUCUGACAUAUGUUUAAAAAUAAAUAAUAAUUCAUUUGCUUUUAGAGAUGAUCCCUCCACUUGAACUCAUAAUUUCUAGAGUCUGCUGUCCCUGUUAUGUGUGGAAAGUCAGACUUUAAUCUGCGAUUAAUGGUAAAACGCUCUAUUUUAUGGUAUAGUUGAACUGAUUGCAUUUCAUGACAUGGGUUAAAGACGGCAUCCACGGAACUGGCUUCUGAAUAGUGAGGGAAGAAACGAGGCAGUGCGCUGUUCUGUCCUCUGCUGACUCAUGUUGCAGUUCCAGCUGUUGGCCUGGAUUGAAUAAAGCUGGAACUACAACACGUACAAACUGGUUAUUGUCAGCAUGCAGAUGCUACACACUGCUGUUUUUGUGGAUUCGCCCUUUUUGCCAUGUUCGUUUGUAGUCUGAUUUGCAGUGAAGGGUUCUGUUGAGCACAUCAGUGUUUUCUUCUGGAAACUCCUUGUCAUUAUUUCUGGUCUGUGAGACCCCUGUAAUUUUAUUUGUAUGUAACCUAAGGUGUAAAAUCCCGUUCAAAUGUUGCUGCACUUAAAAAAUUACAAGAAGAUUAACUGAA